AGAAAAAAGAGGAAAAUUAAGAAUAUAGAAGAAAUCAAAGGAGAUUUUGAGAGAUUUGAAAAUAUUAAAUUACACAAAAGACACGAACGAAGAACUCGUGACUUUGUAAAGCUUUGCAAUAAGUGUUUUUCAUUGGUCUGUGUUUUGAGAUUAACCUCCAGAUGAUGUAGUCUUUUGAAAACUAUUUUCCAGUUUGAAAACGUCACAUUUAUUGCUCCAUCAUCAUACGAGCACAAUCUAUUUGACCUUUAGAACUUGAAUCUCUUUCUAGUUUUCACCCGGAAGAGGAAAAUACAUAAAAAUGGCGGAACCAAUAAAUGUCGUUGUCACGGGAGCAGCAGGUCAAAUUGCUUAUUCUUUGCUGUAUCAAUUGGCAGCUGGCACCGUUUUUGGACCAAAUCAACCGAUUAAUUUACGUUUACUGGACAUUCCUCCGAUGAUGGAAGUUUUGAAGGGUGUCGUUAUGGAAUUAGAAGAUUUGGCACUUCCUCUCCUGAGAGACGUUCUACCAACUGCUGAACCAGCGGAAGCUUUUAAGGAUGCUGCAGCUGCAUUUUUAGUCGGUGCAAUGCCCCGCAAACAAGGAAUGGAACGGAAAGAUCUUUUGUCAGCAAAUGUGAAAAUAUUCAAAGUACAAGGCGAAGCACUCGAUCAAUUUGCGCGAAAAGACGUAAAAGUUUUAGUCGUUGGUAAUCCAGCAAAUACAAAUGCAUUAAUUUGCUCUCAUUAUGCGCCAUCGAUUCCUAAGGAAAAUUUCACGGCAAUGACGAGAUUGGAUCAAAAUCGUGCCCAAGCUGCUUUAGCAGCACGUCUUGGUGUUCAGGUCGAUAAAGUGCAAAAUGUGAUAAUUUGGGGAAAUCACAGUUCCACUCAAUAUCCAGACGCAGCGCAUGCAACAGUCACACUCUCAUCGGGUACAAAACCAGUUGUGGACGCAGUGAAUGACAAUGAUUGGUUGAAUGGAAAUUUCUUGGAAACUAUUCAGAAACGUGGAGCAGCCGUUAUAGCGGCCAGGAAAAUGUCAUCGGCUAUGUCGGCGGCCAAAGCAGCUGGUGAUCAUAUGCGAGACUGGUGGAUGGGAACGAAACCCGGACAAUGGGUCAGCAUGGGAGUUGUUUCAGAUGGAAGCUAUGGAAUUCCUAAGGACGUUGUCUUCUCCUUCCCAGUCACUAUUCAAAAUAAACAAUUUAAAAUAGUGCAGAAUUUGGCGAUUAAUGACUUCGCUAAAGAGAAACUUGAUGCAACCUCGAAAGAGUUACAGGAAGAACGCGCUGAGGCAAAUGACGUUUUACAAAAGUGACUAGAUUGUCCAGAACCUGUUAAAGAAUCACUGACAAUAUCCAAAUUAUAAAAAAAAUUGCAGAGUUUAAUGUAAAAAGUAAUUCAAGAUUCAUUAGGUAUAAUAUCUAUUGUUGUAUUAUUGGUUGGAAAAUUAGUAAAAAAAAAAAUGUGUUACAUGA